AAAGCUGAAUGCUGAGCCAGUGCACCAGCAAGGAUGCCAACCCCAAACUCUUCCAGUUCUUCGGCCAAAGGUUUCCGGCGGGCAGUGUCAGAGCUGGACUCCAAGCAAGCUGAGGCCAUCAUGGUAAGAAAAGAUCCCCACCUCUGACUAGCCACAGGUGCUCAUGCUGCAUUGCUGUGGCCAGCAAAUGUACCGAUGGCACAUGAUUUAUAGAAGUUCCAGAAUUCUAGAAUUUCUAGAACAGCAUUCUGUUAAGGGGGAAGCCAGUGGCUAGACAAAAUUCUCCAUUCAAAAGGCUUUAGGAAUUGUGCAAAUAAUUUGUGUGCAGUUAUCAUACAGGUGCCAAAGGAAAAAAGAAUGUAGAAAUAGGAUGCUAAUGAAAAAGAAUAUAGUGUAGCAAUUAUGCAUCAUAGACUGGAAUGAUGUUAAGAGUUAUGCUCAGAGAAGAAUGAUGGCAAGGAGGGUUAUCAUCAGAAUCAUAGCUGAGUUGCUGUGCAGGGCUUUUGAUUCCUUAGUGUUAAAGUGAGAUGUUUGUUCUAUUCCCAUAAAAUGAAAAUCUUUGCCCCCCCCCAAUACCAUGCCUUGAACCAACAAGGCAGUGGGGACUCAGCCCAAUUUUCUAACUGCUACUAUGCAAUAUUGCAAUCCUUUCAUUUUUCUCACUAUGGCUUGCAAAAAUCAUAACUGAGUUAUAUCAGGUUUUUGCAUAGAGCAGAUAUGCAAGGGAAAAUGACAUAAAAUCUCGUGAAGAGUUUAUGCAGCUGAACUAGGUUGGAUUGAACUCUCACAAAUUCUGCUAGCCGAGUUGGGAGUAUGUGAUCCUUGGUUUUCAUUGCCAUCUUGUUUAGUGAAUAUGCUCCUGCCUGCUUCUUAGCUUCUGCAUUUGACAUAGAUGUCACCGAAACAUUAUGUCAGCCUUCCCCAGUCAGGUGCCCUUCAGAUAUUUCAGACUACAACUCCUAUCAUCCCCAGCCAGCAUGGCCAACAGUUAGGAAUGAUGGGAACUGUAAUCCAAAACAUUUGGAGAGCACCAGGUUGAGGAAGCUUGCUUUAGUAUGGUUCGCACAUUAAUUUAUUAUUUCAUUUAUCACAUAAAACUCAUAUGCUGUUGAUUGUUAAAAUAAACUCAAAGCAGUUUACAUGUACAUCCUUCCUCACAUCAGUCCAUGAUUGACAAAUGUGAGUGACCAUCACAGGUGGAAUGCCAAAGGUGAACACACCAUAUGCCAGGAUUAUUUGAUUGGCAACUGACUGUGUGAACUGAGCCAAUCACCAAGUGCCAGGAAACCAAAUGGUGUGCCUGGGGGAGCCAGGUGGAGUUUGCAAGUUGCUUACCCUCCAAUUUUACCACAGAUUUCAAGGGGAUGACAGACACACUAAGCAGUUUGAAAGUUAGAAGCUAAAGGCUAAAUAACAUGCAAUGUUCAAUGUGUGGUCCCAUUUCAUUGGCUAACAGCAGCUAGGAGGAUCAGGACUAGGGUUAAGGUGCAAUGGGAAGAGAGUUUAACCUUUCUCCCUGUACUUCAGUCUCAGUGAAAAUCCUACCCACCCACCCACAAAAAACAGCUACAUAGCAGUACAUUUUACGUCAAGACUAUGAUGCAGGAAGAAAGGGUUAAAACCCACCACCCAUCUGCAGCAUGGUUCUGAUCCUUCUUUCUGUUUAGAAAAAGUUCUCCUGCAAACCAUUAGUUAUUUGUACAAUAUUUUCAUUGGCUUCUUAGAGGGUUUUGUUUUUUGUAUUUUUGUAUGUGGUACUACACAAGAAAGGUUUAGUUCUGCUGUCCAACCUCCAAGGAAACAAAUGGGAAUUUCGUAACUCUCAUUUCUACAGACCUUGGGCAAAAUAAAUUCUCAGUGGAUUCUGCACUUGGGCAAAGAGCUCCACACUGGCUUUCAAACAACAUAGAAGUUUCUUCUGUGAAGAAAAGUGAAUUCCCACUGUGGAUAGCAAUGUGUGAUGAUCUUAUAUAUGUACACCCCACUGAAAAUUCACUUCUUGGGAAGCCACAGCAAAUUAUGUUUGCCCACCACAUGCAUGUAUAGCAAUUCACACACAUUUUGGAUUGUACAAAUUUCAAUGGGAAUCAAGCAAAACUCUGAUCUUAUGCACUGCUCUUACCAUGCAGAAGAGCAUUAAAUCAAGCUUUUAGACACUUAGAUAGAGCAUUUUAAAUCUAAGCACUCCAGGUUUUGUGGAUAGCAACCUUUGUACCAGAGUAGAUAUAUGAAAAGUACUUGAACUACCCCAAAAGUAAGGGAUUAAAGACUGCAUUUUUUUCUCUUUGGGAAUAGAUAUGUUAUUCUAUUGAUUUAGAAACAGACUAUGAUUUAGAAAUGUAAUGAUGUACAAUAACUUGCAAAGGUCUGUGGUUCCCAAAUGGCUAUUGCUUCUUCAUGACCUAUAUCAAAGCAUCAUGUUGAAAUAGUGGUCUUCAAACAUUGUAUUAAAAGCAAAACCCAAAGGGACCACUAUGUUGCACCUCUUUUUUAUUUUAAGUUCCUGUCUAAUGUGGUUGCAUUGGAUUAAUAAAAAAGAAAGAAAGAUAUACCUUCAUUUCUGAUAGUUGGUAUGGUAUGAAAAUAAACAUUUUUGCAAGUUGGUUUGCAUUAGUGAUAAUGGGCAGAGAUCUGUCUUCACUGAAAUUGCAUCUUAACCUCAAAAACUCAUGGAAGUAUUAAGGAUUCCAGCCACUGUACUUUAUGUUCAGGAGGACAGAUCAAGAGGCCUGGGGCACCACAUUCAGCAUUUACACCUGUGGUUCCUCACCUCUGAUGCCAACAGACAUCAUAAUAGGUGACAUUUCCUUCACAUGCUGACAGAACCUUAUUUCACAGGUUUGACAUCUGUCUCCUAUAUAUCACAGGUGCUGAAAGGUGGAUUAAGUACAGGUGCACUUAGUAAUGUAAAUCUCCAUUUUACAAAUCUAAAGCCAAGUGUUUUCAUCUUAAGUCUUAUAGGAGAGCCAGUUUCUGAUACCUUUACUUAGGGAUGUUAGACCUGCCACACCGAGGAACUGAAAUUUCCGUAUGCUUUAAACAGGUGCAUAAUUGAUUUUGGUGAGCAUACACUGUAUCACUGCCUGGAAUUGAGCCCAUACAUACAUUUCCAGACCGGUAGCUAGGCUGAUCCAUUGCAGCAAAACCAACAAAGUGCCUUGAUUUCUGCAGCUGCAGGUGCAAUGUUGAGUACUACUCACAGACAUGCGUUUAAUUAUUUUUUGCUUAUUUUAUGAGCCUGCAAACAAUUGGCUUUGCUUAAGAAUGGGGAAGGAGGAUCACCCUUCCUCCAAGAAGUAGUUGAAAUAAGCUGUUGCUUAUGGCUGUGAGCAAGAGGAUAAAUCUCUGGUUUUGAGCAAAAGAAGUAUGCCCCAGACUCUACAUUAUGCACAUCAACAGUUCAGAGAGAAGAGGAAAUGAAAAAAGAGGAAACAAGCAUGUACCUUUAAAUAAGCAUUUAUAGGUGCAUUCUAAUGGAAGAAUAUAAUGUACCCUCUAGAUAUGUUUUUUCCCUGCAAGUCCAUUGCCCCAGCCAGAAUGAUCAGUGGUCAGGAAUGAUGAGGGUUGCAGUAUAAAACAUCUGGAGGGCACCAGGUUGCCUAACCCUGAAAUGAGACAUUUGUGCCAUUGAUUUAUCAAAAAAUCAGGAGUUUGGGCACGGGCGUGGGAAGGAAAUCUGUGUGCAGUUUAUGGCUUCCACUGUUUGAGAAAGCAUCAUGUUUCUAUUCCUGGCUGCUAUUAAUCUAAACUUAUACUCCAUGGGAACAUGUGCUCUAGAAAGAAUGUGGAUUUUAGGCAGGCUGAUGCUAUGGUCCCAUUACACCAUUGGCUACUACGCCGCAGCCCCAAGGUGUUACAGUGGGGUAAUAAGAAGAGGGUUCAUGUGACUGCCUUCUCAUGAAUCAUGAGUGGGGAUGGAGUUGUGCCAUUGGCUACACUCUCUACAGGCCAACAUAUGUGCUAGUCCCAUAUGGCACCAGCCAUGCACUUGGCAUCAUUGUGAAAGGUCUAUACAUGCAUACAAAUGUGUGUGAAUAGAGCUGCUCCACCCAAGGGAGAAUUCUGAUGAUUUCAGGAUUCCCUCUUGCAUAGAGGAGCCCAAUGAGCAUACAUCUGUGUGUAUAGUCUCUUCACAUUGACAGCAAAUACAUGGCAGUGGUGCCCCCGAUGCAUGCAUUGGCGUGCCUGGUGGGCAAGACCCCCUCGCGCAUUCCUGAAUACGUGAUAAGGGGGAUGUGGACCAGGACUCUAUUGCAAAAUUUGGAGAAGUAUGAUAUCUGAAGGACAAUUAUGUUUUGAUCUAUGUAUUAGUCCAGGAGGUGCAAAUUUAUUUGUUUAAAAAUGCUGAUCAAAUGAAAUGCUCCUCUACACCUCCCUAUAGAGCCUAUGUGCAACAACCUCUCUCCCACCAGUGUUUGAGUUUUGCUGUGCUUACUCAAUGUGCUUGACAAGAAUGCAUUUGUGUACCUCACACAUACAGUGCACCUCAAAGGGUUUUUGUGUGUGUGUACAUCACAUGCUCAUUUUGAACUGGUGAUUGCACACAAUCAAUUAAUUUAUGCAUUCGUAGCACAUGGCAUUGUUUUCUCACUAUCCAUUUCAAACAACUCCGAUGUGGGUAAAGGGUUAAUAAUAAGGUUGCCGUCUUGCUCGCUUGUGUCUAGAGAACAGCUGGCUUUGUGCACCUGAAUUGUUUCUGACUUUGCAUGUACAGAGGCUCCUUAAAAGAAGAACUUCAGAAAGCUACAAAAUCACGAAGAAAACAAGUGGAACUGUUUUUAAAAAUCUAGCUGGCAGUACUGAAACCUAGAUCCAGCAAAAGUCACUAUGCAUGGCAUGAAAGUUGUCUUUGUUUGUUUGUUUAUGAGCUACCAAAAUUGAUCCUGUAUCUGUUCCCCCCCCCAACCUAACAUUUAACAAUAAACGCUAAAGACAGUGAAGAGAACAAGGAGACAGCGUCAUAUUAGCAGCAGGUAUUGUGGCUGAAGACAGACAAUCAUUGUUUCAGAGAGCUGAAGGUGGCCAAGUUGCUUUCGCUGCAUGCACUCGUCUCAUUGUCAUUGCUCUUCUCAAGUUUAUAGGUUCCUUUUGUCUUUUUUUUUAAAAAAAAUCAUGCUUUCCCAACCAGAGGUGACAGUGGGAUAAAUGAAGCAAGGGAGUGUGCAGGCAACUGCCUUACAAGCCCCUGUCGCUGGAGUGUCUGUCUCCAGCCGCAUUCUUCCUUCCAAAGGACUCAUCAACGGCAAACAAAAAAAAGUCUCAACUUACCAAGCAAGGCCAGGACCUUUUCAGGUAGAGAAAAGACCAAAAUGAGAAAGAUUCCCUUUUCAAGCACAGCCUUCUGAUUCACAUCAGCGAUCAUCCUUUCCUCCACGAAGCAGCAAGUUUUAGGCUAGCUGUGAUGUCAGUGGUUGCUGGUGGUGUUUGAGACUGAGGUUUUCUCUUAGCCUGCCUCGCUGAACCGCUGCCUGUACCUUUAGAAAAUGACCUGCAUUGCAAGAAGAGCAGAUUUAUUCCUCUCUUCCCCAUCGCUUAGGGCAAAUCCUCACAAGGCAGCUGACAGAACAAUGGAUGAUACACAGUAAAAACACACCACUAGAUAAAAGCAUAUAUGGGGUGGGGGGCAGCAAUAAGGUCAUUUUAAAAACUUGGCAGAUUUUUUUUUAAGCCCCCUUUGUUAGUCAAGCACAUUUGCUGAAAUGUAAUGUGCUUGUUAUUUAUGAAUGUUAUAAAUUAAUUUCAUUGUUGCUACAUUUUUAUACUUCCUUGUAAACGUGUUUAGAAUCCCAGUAAAAGAAAAAAAGUGUGCCCAUGGAGGUUAUUUCUAAGAAACACAGAUUACCAUAAUUUCUAAUUAUUUAAAUGUAUUUAAGGCAUCUGUUGUUACACUUGUGACGUACAGAUUUCAACUCAGUUCAGUCCAGAAAACAUUCUCUUCUGGUUUUCAGAAACAACAUUAUUUCUGCUCUAAUUCUUAUGGGCACAAGAAGAGCUGUCCAACACUUCCCUUGAAGCCAGUGUGGUGUAGUGGUUAAGAGCGGUAGUCUCGUAAUCUGGGGAACCAGGUUCGCGUCUCCGCUCCUCCACAUGCAGCUGCUGGGUGACUUUGGGCCAGUCGCACUUCUUUGAAGUCUCUCAGCCCCACUCACCUCACAGAGUGUUUGUUGGGGGGAGGAAGGAAAAGGAGAAUGUUAGCCGCUUUGAGACUCCUUAAAGGGAGUGAAAGGUGGGAUAUCAAAUCCAAACUCUUCUUCUUCUUGUGUUGGAUGCAAAAUUCCAGCACCUGUAAGGCAAUUUUUUCUAAGACUGACAUUUUUUAAAAAGCCUAUUUAGGCAUUCUUGUUGGUUUGUUUGAUGGUUUCUAAUGUUUAUGUGCUGUGUUUCCAUCCUAUGGCAGCUCACAAGGGUUUAUAAUGAAAUACAAGAAAAACAACAACAAUCCAGGUUGAAUAAGAAUAAUAAACUUUCUAAAAAAGACACCAUGGUAGUCUCUAAUCAUAGGUUAAAAUGGUCUCAGAAGCAGAAAAACGUCUAUACAAACAGGAAAAUUGAGCACUGAUGGGGGCAAGGCAUGCCUCCCUCAGGAGAGUAUUCCAAAUUCUAGGUGUCCUAGUAAAAAGACCCUGUCUCUGAUGCACAUCUGACAACAGGGAAACCCACAGCAUGGCCUGUUUCUGAAUACCAGUUGCUGGAAACCACAGGAGGGGAGAGUGAUCUUGUGCUGAAACCUUGCUUGCUAAACUAGAUGGGCCAUUGGCCUGGUUCAGCAGAGUCUUCUUACAUUUUUUAUGUUCAGUGCACAGCCACAUUCUUACAGAUAGUGGUGAUUCUUCCGAUUCUCUGGUCCUAAACCGCUUAAGGCUUUUGAGGUCAAAAUUGACAUCUUAGGAAAGAAAUUGGUAACCACUGUCAUUUGCAGACUCCGCUUAACAUCCUGGCAGCCACAGUUUGGAUCCGUGGAAGUGUUAUGAGUUGUCUUCAAGGACAGCCCGACAUGUAGCACCUUCUGGUAAUGUAUCUAACGAGAGACAGUUUGAGUAUCUGAUACUAAUUAAAGAACACCCAAACUGGUAAUGGCUGAGACAGACCUGAGGUUUUCCAAGCCUAUUGCUACUGAGAUGUGCUGGUUCUCCAAAAAGCUCUCAGCUGACUUUUAAAUGUAGUAAGUGAUGUAGGCCACUUUCCUUGGCUGUUGUGGAAUGAAGGUGUCUAUUCCUCCCCCUUGUAUUCUCCCUCAGUCCCCACAAUUCAUUGGCAGACGGCAGAGUCUCAUUGAAGACGCCAGAAAGGAGAGAGAAGCUGCUGCUGCAGCUGCGGCUGCCGCCUCUGAGGCUGCUGAAUCAACUGAAACUAUUGUCUUUGAAGAGAAAGAUGGCAUGGCCAUGCUAAACCUUUUGUUCACCCUCAAAGGAGCCAAGACUUCACUGCCAUCCCGUGCGCUGAAAGUAUUUGAGGUGAGCUGGUGAAAUUGCCUUUUUGGCUAAAGCAAAGGUGCACUUGUUUGGAGAAAAGGGACAGCCUGGUAGUUCAUAUAUUUCUAGAUACCAGACAUUAGGUGGAAGGUAGGGCUAGGUCUCAGUAGAAUAAGUUAUUGCCCAGAGCCAUAUCCACUAGUACCUGGAUACCCGUUUUCAUGUAGGAAUCAGGAGUAUGUCCCUAGUCAUGCAAUGCAAAAUGUAGACCUAUUGGUAUCAGAGUGCACCACUUCAGUCAGGCAACUUUGGUGGGAGGGGUCAGAAAGGUGCACCCUCAUGUCUUACAGUUCUCAUGGAAGAAAUUUACUAGGUUGUGGCAAUAACAAACUUUUAUGGAGGUCAGGCCAUUUCAAGUCCUAGACCCUGUUUUUAAGGUAUCUGGCUACCAUGCCUCUAAUGGAAACCCCUGCUUGGGCUAGGUGGAAGUCCCACAAUUCUUGGUUUAAACUCCUAGCUGGACAUGCUCAGUGGUUCUGGAAUCCCUUGAGCUAACAGCUUUCUGCUUCCUCGUCCAGCUCCAAACUCCUAGGCUGUGGAUAGUGGAUCUGUGGUCUUUCAGAUGUUGUCGAACUUAAAUUCCCAUCACUCCUGACCAUGCUGUGUGAGGAUGAUGAAAGUUGGACAUCUGAGUGCCCACACAUUCUUCCUUUCUGACCUUGCUGUUUUCUUGUAUGUCAGUUAGGAUGGGGUUUUCCUAGUACCCAUUGCUCUCCUGUUCAACCAGCACUGAGUUUGCACAUUUACAUUCCCCCCAGUGUUGAUCAAGUCAGAAACCACUUGCAAUGUUGUGCAGACUGAGGAAAUUGCUUUCAACCUGGGAAAAGAUGGAUGACUGUUGGUAUGGCCAGAUGUGGCCUAGAAGCUACUAGUUAGCUAUCUUGGGUUUACACAGCUUGUUGUUCCACAGCAAAUAAUGAGAUGGAGAUUAAAAUGAGGAGAUGGUUUUAUCAAAUGGAACAGAAAAUUAGAUUACUAACAACUCUCAGUCCCUUGUGUACCUUAUAUAAAAAUCAUUGGAUGAAAAUAUGUUAUGACUCCUGCUUGAUGAAGAGCUUGAAAGGUUUCAAUUUCUACCAAAAUCCUUAAGGCUCAGAUCAGUGUGAUAUACAGGCAAGAUGCAGUUCAAAGGCACAGCAUGUACUACACAUGGCUAGACAAGUGAAGAUAUUAAACCAACAACGACAUGCCCCCUGCAACCCAAUUAUAAGGGGAUGGCAGCUUAGCAUGGCAAGUGAAUCUCUUCCUUAAACUGGGCAAGCAACCUGGCACUUCUCCUGAGGGCUUAACAUGCCUGUGCUGGUAUCUCCAUGACCUAGGGCCUAGGCAAUGCAGGGGGCAUAACCGCCUCCCCAGAGUCAGAGCAACAAUCUCCCCUGGAGAGGCAGGAGUGGACAUGGUUUCUGACAACUUUGGAGGCUGAACUGGUGGGACAUUAGGCAAAGUGGGUGAACUGGAACCGGACACAGAUAAGUCUGAGGACAGAGGUGGUGCUCAUGCCUAGUGCCACUGAGACUGGUGGGGAGAUGAAAUGGGGGGACGGACACCCUUCCACUGGUACUCUCUCCAGUAUCCUCUUUCUUGAGACCUCCCAAUCUAGCCAGAGACUUUCCCAACCCACCCAUUGAAUCCCUCCCUAGGCUCCUCUGUAGGCCACUCCUCUUCUCCAUCUGGGCUUGGCCAGCACCCCCAUGUAGGGCCCCUGAUAGUGGGGAGAACUCAGUUGCUGUUUCCACCGUUCCCAUGCAAACUCAGAAAUGCCACACCAUAAGACAAGGUCCAAUCUAUCUAGAUUGUUACCAAAGAAUCCCAAACGUUUCCCAGCAUGUGACUCCACAAUUGAAAUGUGUACAUAUGCAUUAGUGAGAAGCUUAUUUUACAGUCAAUUUAAUAAUAUGAAUAGCACCCACAUACCCCAGGGAGAGAGACGGAGAGAUCAGUUUGUGAAGUUGUGUGUGAACAAAGGACGGUGUUUGCUCCAAAUGGCAUUCACAUCCUCCAGGGGAGAUUUACAUGAGUUGAGAAGCUCUCUUGGUUUAUCAUGACUACAAGAGCUUAAGAAAAGCAAACACCAAUGCAGGCCAGACUUCCACUGUGAGAGAUUCAUUUCCCCGAUCCCUCCGGCACUGCAGGUACAAGAUAUGAAAACAGACGGGUGUAAUGACAUUUGCCUCAUGAUGAAACAGGCUGUGGGGAGGCUGGUUUUCCUCUCCUGUUUUACAUUACAUACAACUCAAGCAAAGGUAAUGCAAUCAGAUCUGUCAGAUUAAUGCUAAGGUAUUGAUUGUCAUGGAGGGGCAACGUCCCAGGGAUGCAUUAGAAAACAAGCGGCUAAAUUGAAUUUGUCAGUGACAUUGCCUUCUGUUCCCUUUUCGUCUAUCUAGCUCUGACUGAGUAAAAAAUUCAGCCAUUCCCCUCCUGAAUCUCUAAGGGGAAACUGGGUUAAUUCUUUAAGAAGUGAAAAUUAUGCACCAGCUUUCAGCAAAGAAGGAAAAGAUCUCAGAUGCUAUCAGUGACUUUAUAUUAAAGCCCACCAAGAGGGACCCUUAAAAAAAAUAAUUCUGGAUGUAUCUCUUGUGUGUGGUUCUGGUUGAUAGCUCUUAGGAGUCUGCUUAAAAAACAAAAAAAGAAGAAGAUUUGGCAAGCCUGAAAUCUGCCCCUCCCUGAAUUAGGCAAUAAUGGAUUGUGACAUACAUUGAAUUGCGCUGGAGAAUUGCUAAGUGGGGCAAAUGAUACUUAAGCCACACGCCAUCCUCCACUUUCUCUCCACAACCCCCCCACCAUGUUGCUUACAAAUCAGCGGAAAUUGGUUCCAUGGGGUUGUUUCAGUGGUGGCUUUGGGACCUUCCCAACAUGUUUCUCCGGGAAAUCGCCCCAGUGCAGUGGUGACUUGCAGAAAAGUGGUAUCUAAGGAUUGAAGACAUAAGAUGGAGGAAGAAUAUCUUGUUCAAGCCAUGAUUUCACACUUCUUCAUGCAUUUAAUAUUCAGCACCUUGGCCAGAGCAUAGCACAGAAGCUGAUCAAAACCUGCAUGGAAAAAUUGGCUUCUUUCUUGGAAUUAUACAGGCUGCCAUUUGCCUUGAAGAUAGUCUGGUUCUAAUGUUCUGUGGCUGUUCCAUUGCUGUUUUAAGUUAAUAAAUUAAAAAUAGUAUCUGUGUAAUGCUUGUUCUCAAAGGCUAUUCCCAUGCUUUCUCUCAAAACUUACAGGAACCCUGUAAGCCAGGGGUGGCUAACCCCCAGAUCAAGUCAUCUAAAAACAGGCAUCUCCCGUCUAGAUGAAAAGAGGCUAACUGGGGGAAAGAGUCUUCUGAACUUCUUUCUCUCACUUGAAAAUAGCCUGUUUACUGAAGUUGUUGCUCCUUUUAUAAUGUAGUGCUUAACUGAUUUUUAAAAUGGUGGGUGGGAAGUCUCCUUGCUGUUUUAUUUUAAUAUAUUGUUUUUCCUUCCCUGUCUCUCUAAAGACAUUUGAAGCCAAAAUUCAUCACCUAGAAACGAGGCACAGUAAGAAACCGCGAGAGGGCUCUGUUGAUCUGGAAUACUUUGUGCGAUGUGAACUCCACAGCUCUGAUCUGAGCACCCUCAUCAGUUCUCUCAAAAGGGUUUCAGAAGAUGUUAGGAGCACAAAAGAAGACAAGUGUAAGGAACCUGUAAGCUUGGUUAACAAAGCACGAGGGAAGGAAUUUUUCAUAUAUGACUGCUAUGGAGAUAAUCUCUAGAAAGGAAAAAUGUCAAGGGCAAAACCUUUCUCCCUGCAUGUGUUUUUUAGACUGGUAUUAGAAAUAACUGGUGUAUGCACCUUUGUAUGUUGCAAAUCUGUUAGAGGCAAGAUAAGGCAGCAUCAUGGUAUAUUUCUGACAAUCUUACAGCACAAGUCUAUGUGUGUUUACUCAAAAGUAAGUACCACCGUAUUCAGUGGUGUUUAUUCCAAGGUGUAUGUAUAUACAGGAUUGAAGCCUUAGUUUAAUAUAAUAGAUCAACCAACCAACCAACCAACCAACCAACCAACCAACCGGCCCAUCCAUUCAGCCAUUUGGCUAUCCAAAUAACAGAUAAUUACUUGAAAUUCUGUGUAACAAUUUGAAUAGUUUAGCUACUAUUAGAAUAGUUUAUCUGGGAAAGGAAGGAAAUUACCGGUACAUACUGUACUUCCAUUAGAAACCCCUUUUCUUAUUCUGUCCUAUAACUGGCUAUUUUCUCUCUCACUUCUCUCCUCUUCCUCACCCUUUUGGAUUUUAGUUCAUUGGUUUCCAAGAAAAAUCUCUGAGCUCGAUAGAUGUCACCAUUUGGUCACCAAAUUUGACCCUGAUUUGGAUCUGGAUCACCCGGUGAGUGAAUAACUCUUCUUUCCCAAAUCCUCCUCCACAUUUCCUCACUGCCUGAACUCAUGUUAGCUGUCUCCUCAUGGGAUAGCUUGGCUUGCUAUGCUUCUGAAUAGACUGAAUAGAAAUGCAAGCUGUCAUUGCAUUUCUAGCAAAACGACUGCAGGCUUGCAGGUACAUCUCAUGCUGAUGUUUAAAGCUCUAAUAAAUUAAUUUGCACUCCAGCUUCUCAAGAAGAUGAGAAGAAUACAUUGAGUUGACUUGGAAGUGCCUAUUCACUCUAAGUAGACAACAUGGGAGGUGCUUUUUUAUUUGUUUAAACAAAGUAGCAGCUGAUGGUGAACGCACCCUUGCCUGUCUAACCGUGAACAACCUGUAAUAAAAAUUGUCCAUUGUCAAUAUUACAACUGUUCAGUGCAAAAAUGUGAGGUAACAUUCUUGCUCUGUUCUUUCCUCCAAGGGAUUCUCUGAUCAAGUAUAUCGGCAACGAAGGAAAAUGAUAGCAGAAAUUGCCUUCCACUAUAAGCAGUAAGACUUGCUGCCUUGCAUAGCCUCACCUGCUGAGACCUCCAUGCAUACACUUAUUUAUCUCUUUGCUCUCCAUGUUCUGCCCUUCCACACUCUUGGUUUUUCCCUUCCACUCUCCUGCUUCAUGUUUUCAGUGCUUCAUGGCUGCCAGUUCCAUAGAGCUUUUGCAGUCAUCCCUGAAAGGUCCAUUGCAACACAGAUAAGCAACCCAAGAAGUGAAUUGUUGAACGCAACCAUUUCAGUGAUACAUAUGGUGUCUUCUUUGCUCCAUGUCUGGGAUGUGCUGCAGAAACUAUGCAUUCUUGGCAUUUGUUACGCAUUCAGACUCAAAUUAAACGAUUGUAAUGAGAGCCAAGAAAACCCAGGCUUCAGGACUGGUUUCUCUUCUCAAACCCAAGAGGGAUCAAGGAUAGAAUGGCAAUUUAAAUCUUCUUUUCUUAUUGUAUUUGCAAAAAAUAAAAAUAAAAAUAAAAUAAUCAGCUGCCCAUUAUUUGUAUUUGUGAUUUAGAAUUGAAAUGUGUUUUCUACAUUCAUUUUAUCUUUUUAUACAACAUACCACCUAUAUUAAUGUUUCCUCCAUGUGGUACGUAAUGUGGCAACACCUAGAGCCACUCUGGAGACCUUUCACAAGGCAGAAGGCCACCACAUUGUCCUUGGCCUAAAUCUUCCUAAUAACUUGGAGAUGGCCAAAAAACAGACCCUGAUGAUCAGUGGUACGAAACAGCUGCUUGAAAUGAGAUGAGUUUACAUUUGCAUUUGAAAUUAUGAUAAAGCAAGGAUGCUUUUGUAACAAUCUUUACUUUCAAAAGGAGCCAGUAUUUGAAAUGGGGAUAUUGGACAGGGAGGACAUAUGCUAGAGAGUGAAGGGAGCUUUAUUUUGCUAAGGCUUUUCGACAAGUUUGUUAUUUUUCUCAUAUUUAUAUUAUAUCUGAAAUGACAGCAAAGGGGGGGUUCUUUUUUUUUAGGUUAGCUGAUUCCCUUGAUGAUUGUACACUUUCUCCUCAACAGUAUGGCAUAGCGUACUUGUUUGAGCUUCCUGAUUACAAUUAUAUUAAUACCAGUAUUUCCAGCAUUACUUCUAAGUGGGGCAACAGCUACCCUUUUAUUGUCAUUAUUUAUCACCCUUCAACAAUCAAGGUAUUUUAGGUGUGCUACAGGGUACUGAAUUAACUUGUGCAUCCUUAAGUGCCCCUUAUAAUCUAUGGGGCAAGCUAAUCUGCAUCAUGUGUGUUGGUGUUAGUCUGCCUCAGUGUCCUACAACCCUACUGUUCCUUACUAUUCUAUCUAUACUCAUACCUAGAAGUCUUACAUUUCUCUGCAACCACAAGAGCUACUUGUUUUUUAAAGGAACUUUCAAAAGUCACAAAGAUUUAGUCCGCAGAUUUCUCUUCCUCAUAGACAGGGCCUGGUCUGCAUUGUAAAUUUGCACCGCCUUGUGUCUGGGCUGGGACUUUGUGUGUUAGCUUUGUGGUUUUAAAUAUUGUCUAUCCUGUUCAAACCUUGCUUUGUCUCUUGGACAUGCAUUAGCUAUAUACUCCAUCUCAGUUAUAAGUGGGCAAAGGUUUAACUUAAACAUUAUUGGCCCCUAAUAUUUGGUGCAUUGCUAUUUUGUCUCCCUUCUCCUUGUUCUUUUUCUUACUACUACCUAUUAUAGUGGCGACCCAAUUCCUCGAGUGGAAUACACAGCAGAAGAGAUUACCACCUGGUGAGUAUGAAUGGACCUUUCCUAGCUUCUGCCAGACGCAGCACAAAUCAGUAGACUCCCAGCUAUAUACCCCACAAUUUCCAUUGGGUCUUUAGGUGGCAAGGUUCACUCACAGUCACUCUGGGUUAGUAAAACUGGUAUUUUGCAGCUAAAAUGGUUUUUAACAGCUAGCUAAUGGUGCAGGGAGGGGAGGUGGGUCAGGUAAAUUCAACGUAUCUUCAGAACAAGCUUUCUGCUGAUGCUUUAUUUAAUAAUAGGCACUUCAGGAUGCAUCCCUUCAUCAUGAUCACUCACAAGAUACUUCAGAAACAUAAGAACUAUUCUCAGAAACUUGUGGCUCUCAGUUCAAUAUCAGUAAGAGCCAUAUGGGAAAAUUUCUGAGCUGUGUAUUGGUUUGAGUUUUGCAGAGCACGGUCCCAAAUCCAGAUACUCCUCCAUGUCUUUCUUCUAUCAUGAUGGCUAUCUAUUACCUACUACAGGAUUGGAGGCAGCAUGCCUCUGACUAUGUUGCUGGGAAUCACAAGUGUGGAGAGUUAUAUGUCCUCCCUUUUGUGCUUGUGGACUCCUCAUUGGCCAUGGUGGGAGAAGGAUGGCAGACCAGAUGUGCCUUUGGGCUGACCCAGCAGGGCUUUUCUUACGUUCUUAUCGUUCUGAAGGAAGGAGGUGUACAGCACACUGAAGAGUCUCUAUCCCACUCAUGCCUGCAAAGAACAUCUGGAUGCCUUCCAUUUAUUGGAGAGAUACAGUGGUUACAGUGAAAAUAAUAUCCCUCAGCUGGAGGAUGUCUCCCAGUUCCUAAAAGGUGAGGACUCAGAUAAGUUUCGCUUCUGGAGUGAAAAGGUUUUGCUCUUCACAAUGAUGAAGAGGGUUGGGAAAACCCUUUUCAGCUGGAGCUGAAACCUUUUGCAACCUGCAAGCAUUCUGAAAAGGUUUGUUCAAGGAAAGGCUAUAAACAUGAGCACCGCUUAUUAUCCAGGGGCAAAGGCUACAAAAUGAUGCAAUGCAUGGCUGUUUAAAGCAUAAUAUCACUUGCAUUAAUUCAUACAAACCUGGGGCUAUAACUCAGCAGUAGAGCAUGUGUUUUGCACACAGAAGACGUUCCACUCUGGCAUGUCCAUUUUAAUUUUGGGGCAGAAUUUGCAGGUAAGGUCACACCUUCUUGUUCAGAAGCCUAGGCCCAGAGCUCUCCCUCUAUACCCUCCAGGCAUUUUCCUUAAGCCACUGUUCUCUCUCCACACACUCUGGCAUUUUUUCUUAUAUAGUAAGCUUAGAUACAUAAUUUUGUUUCUGCUUGAUGAUUGUCUGCAGCAUUUUAUAAAAGUGUCUGUUCCAGAGAAGUACCACUUCAUGGCUUGGGGGCCCUGCCUCAAGUAGAUCCUGCUUCACCUCAGGCAAGCCCCAGAUCCCCCCAUGGCACCCUGCCUUUGUUGUUGUUUAUUCGUUGUUGUUUAUUCAUUUAGUCGUGUCCGACUCUUCGUGACCCCAUGGACCAGAGCAUGCCAGGCACUCCUGUCUUCCACCGCCUCCCACAGUUUGGUCAGACUCAUGUUUGUAGCUUCGAGAACACUGUCCAACCAUCUUGUCCUCUGUCGUCCCCUUCUCCUUGUGCCCUCAAUCUUUCCCAACAUCAGGGUCUUUUCCAGGGAGUCUUCUCUUCUCAUGAGGUGGCCAAAGUAUUGGAGCCUCAGCUUCACGAUCUAUCCUUCCAGUGAGCACUCAGGGCUAAUUUCCUUAAGAAUGGAUGCGUUUGAUCUUCUUGCAGUCCAUGGGACUCUCAAGAGUUUCCUCCAGCACCAUAAUUCAAAAGCAUCAAUUCUUUGGCGAUCAGCCUUCUUUAUGGUCCAGCUCUCACUUCCAUACAUCACCCUGCCUUGGCUCAAGGCAAAUCCCAAGUUCAUAAAAUAAUCUUUAAAAUGGAUUGGGAUCACUUAUGAAUACUGUCAAUCAGUAUAUGCAGACCAUCACACACAGAAAGGACUUGAAAGUGGACUCAAGGGAAUUCCACAUGACUAUAAGUAUUCUUUUUUUUUUUUAAAAAAAGGAAAACUUCACCUUAAUACUGUAUGAAAUACAUCAGAAUGUACUUAUACUGUAAGCACAAAUCUGCAAAACAUUAAAAAGCGUAAUGGAAGAGUCCUGUGCAAAUAGAAAUAUAAUUUUGGCCAGAUUUCUAAAAUGAACAAUUGCAACUAAAGCAUAUGCAUGGCAGUUUCUGUGGUGACUGAUAUCUUAGAUCUUGAUUUGUUUUUAUUAUUUAUUAUUAAAAAUAAUAUCCCACCCUGCGUCCGACUCAGGGUAGAAAGCAUGCAAAUGAUAAACACCUAAAAACUUCUAAAAAAUGAUUCUAGUACCGAUGCAGGCUGGGAAAGAUCUCUACUUGUUCUUCUAACACAAAGUUACACAUACACAAUUGUUUAUGAGCAUUAUUUACUUUUUUUGAGUUCCUGUACAGCCAGCAGUACAACUCUAUAAAAUGUGGCUCAGAUGCUAUACUCAGCUACAAAGACUGGUUUGAACUAUUUCAGAGAGAACUGGGUUCCAGCUCCGACCUGUAGCUGGUCUCCUGUCUGCUCGGGACUUCCUAGCCAGCUUGGCCUUCAGGGUGUUUCAAUGUACACAGUACAUCCGCCAUGCCUCUUCUCCCAUGCACUCUCCAGAGCCGUGAGUACUAGCUCUUGAAUUGCCUCAAAUCUAUCAUCAUACUGUAUUCUUGGACUUGGACGUGUUAAUGUCUGGCUUGCUGCUUCAGACUCGGCUGUUAACUAAGUGUCUUUCUUCCAAUGCCAGGGACUGCUGCCAUGAGCUUCUGGGGCAUGUACCAAUGUUGGCAGACAAAACGUUUGCACAGUUCUCCCAGGUGAGCAAGAGGUGAAAUGCCUUGUGUUUUAAGCACAGCCUAUGCUUGACUAGAUAGUGCAUGGUAUUGAUUUCAGAGGGGACAUGCAUAGCAUUGCACUGUAAAUCGAACAAGUUGGGUGAUCAACUAAAGCCAUCCAUGAUAUACAUGAGAUUAUUCCUUUUGCUCCUAGGACAUUGGACUUGCAUCUUUGGGAGCAACGGAUGAGGAGAUUGAAAAACUUGCGACAGUAAGACCCUAAUUCUGGAUUUAUUUAUUUAAAAAAACCCUUUGCUUUCACUUUAUCCAAAUCUAGCUAUAUUUUUCUUAGUUAUAACUGUAUGAAAUGCCCAGUGAAGGGGAAAGGUUCCAUGUGGCCAGCUAAUCUUGAAUAUGUAUGAAUUUAAAAGAAUCAUUACAGAUUUGAAUAACCAACUUCCUUUGGGAUCCCGUUUUUAUUUCCCAGCUUUACUGGUUCACAGUGGAGUUUGGCCUCUGCAAACAGAAUGGAAUCAUCAAAGCCUAUGGAGCUGGACUCCUCUCCUCUUACGGGGAGCUAGUUGUAAGUGCUCACCUAUUCCACCUAGCUAAAUUGAAGCACAUGGCUACCACUUAGCUUGUGCUCUCCUGUUCCAUUGAUUAGUCUUUUGUCACAGUAGUCACCUUAGGGGUUUUCCUGCAAGAAACUUUGGCAUUUCCCUCCCUUCAUUCAGCACUCUUUGUCGGAUGAACCAGAGCUAAGGGACUUUGACCCUGAUUCUACUGCUGUGCAGCCCUAUCAAGAUCAAGCCUACCAACCAGUCUAUUUUGUAUCAGAGAGCUUCAGUGAUGCCAAAGCAAAACUCAGGUAAGAUAUACCGUACUGUUCCGUCCAUAAGAUGACCCCAUGUAUAUUUUGGGGGACUCAAAUUUAAGAAAAUGGGGGGAGAUGAUGAUGAGAAUAAUAAUAAUAAUAAUAAUAAUAAUAAUAAUAAUAAUAAUAAUUUAUUUAUACCUUGCCCAUCUGGCUGGGUUCCCCCAGCCACUCUGGGCUGCUUCCAACAAAAUAUUAAAAUACAAUAGUGCUUCAUAUUUUAAAAGCUUCCCUAAACAGGGCUGCCUUCAGAUGUCUCCUAAAAGUCUGGUACUUGUUUUGAGAUGGCCCAGAGUUGAUGAGGUUUUUGGGGGAGGAUUGCCCAAGAUUGUUGUUUUGUUUUUUGGGGCGGGUAUGCCCAGGGUUGAAGAGCUUUUUUUGGGGGGGGGGGGAUGCAGAAAAUCACUAACCCGACUAACAAACACUGACAAUCGCUCGCGUUGCCAAAAACAACAUGCACCUGCUCACUCACCAGCAGCAGACACCAAUAGCAUGCCUGAUUGUCGAAGUGGCAGCCAAUCCAAAGCAACCCUUGACACAGCCACCAAUCACACACAAAAUCACCGCUGAUGAGCUCCUGCUCCCGGCUGCAACCAAUCACCCGUCACCCCCACGCACUAUCCGUGUAUAAGAUGAGCCCUGUUUUUUCACAUGAUUUUUUUUUAAAAGAUAUUUAUUAAAGUUUUACAAAAAGAAAAAAAGUUACAGAGUAAAAAAGAGGAAAAGGGAAAAAUACAAAGAGUACAAAAAUACAUAGAAAAAAAAUAUGCAAAAUACAGAAAAAAUAAAUAGAAAAUAGUUAAAAACAAAUCAAUCUUUUCAUAUCUUAGAUUUCAUUUACUUAUUUCCCCGACCUCCUCACACCUCCCUUUUUUGUAUUCCCGUUCACAUGGUUAAUUCAGCAAAUCCUUACCCUCUUUAUUUUUAUCUUAAUUCUAUAUCUCAACAUAUUAUAACUUUGUAUUUUCAUCCGUUAUCAAUCCAUUUUUACAUAUUCUUAUUAACCUUGUUGCUAAGGCCGCUUGAUUUCAAUCCGACAUCAUUUUAACAUUCAUUAAUUUUACAAUGUUUCUGCAAAUAGUCUUUAAAUUUCUUCCAAUCUUCUUCCACCGACUCUUCUCCCUGGUCUCGGAUUCUGCCAGUCAUUUCCGCCAGUUCCAUAUAGUCUAUCACUUUCAUCUGCCAUUCUUCCAGGGUGGGUAAAUCUUGUGUCUUCCAAUACUUCGCGAUGAGUAUUCUUGCUGCUGUUGUAGCGUACAUAAAGAAAGUUCUAUCCUUCUUUGGCACCAAUUGGCCGACCAUGCCCAGGAGAAAGGCCUCUGGUUUCUUCAGGAAGGUAUAUUUAAAUACCUUUUUCAUUUCAUUAUAGAUCAUCUCCCAGAAAGCCUUAAUCCUUGGGCACGUCCACCAAAGGUGAAAGAAUGUACCUUCAUUCUCUUUACAUUUCCAACAUUUAUUAUCAGACAAAUGAUAGAUUUUUGCAAGCUUGACUGGUGUCAUGUACCACCUGUAUAUCAUUUUCAUAAUAUUCUCUCUUAAGGCAUUACAUGCCGUGAAUUUCAUACCUGUGGUCCACAACUGUUCCCAGUCAGCCAUCAUUAUGUUAUGUCCAACAUCUUGUGCCCAUUUAAUCAUAGCAGAUUUAACCGUUUCAUCCUGCGUAUUCCAUUUCAACAGCAAGUUAUACAUUCUUGAUAGUAUCUUAGUUUUGGGAUCUAACAGUUCUGUUUCCAAUUUUGGAGGUUUUCACAUGAUUUUUGAGUAAAAAAACCCUUGUCUUAUACACAGAAAAGUACGGUAGUUGGGUAGAUCAGCAGGGCAAUGGAGAUCUAUAUGUGGUAAAGGGUAAAGGGACCACUGACCAUUAGGUCCAGUUGUGACCAACUCUGGGGUUGCAGCGCUCAUCUCACUUUAUUGGCCGAAGGAGCCGGCGUACAGCUUCCGGGUCAUGUGUCCAGCAUGACUAAGCCGCUUCUGGCGAGCCAGAGCAGCGCACGGAAAUGCCAUUUACCUUCCCGCCGGAGCGGUACCUAUUUAUCUACUUGCACUUUGAUGUGCUUUCCAACUGCUAGGUUGGCAGGAGCAGGGACCGAGCAACGGGAGCUCACACCAUCGCGGGGAUUCGAAUUGCUGACCUUCUGGUCGGCAAGUCCUAGGCUCUGUGGUUUAACCCACAGCGCCACCCGCGCCCCUUCUAUAUGUGGUAGCCGUACCUAUAUUCUACUGUUCUUGCUGCAUGCCAUUUAUGAUACAUUUUCUUCUUAAUCCAAUAUAUGAACAUUUUCUCUCACUCACUCACUCACUCACUCUUCUGGAAAAGCGUUAAAACUAAGGUUUUGCUGUGGAUUGUUAAAAGGAAGUACAGAUAAGUUACAGUGCAAUCUCGGCAUAGGUUUGAUGCAUAUAUUCGGGGGGUACGUGCAUUUAAAAAAUGCAUCAUAUUAGGGAAAAUUGCAUAUAAAAAUUAGGAGAAAUUUGCUGGUGGCUUUUAAAAAGUUGGCAAAUUGCUGCAGAUUGUAGGAAAAAAGUUAAGAAUGGGAAAAUGAGAAAUUUAGAUAACUAUUGCAGUCCCCAACUGCAAUAUGUCAAAACAGGAACAAAACAAAACACUUCCAGGGAACUGAUAAUUCAUUUGGGCACCGUAGCAUUUAACCAGAGUUUGGAGGAAAGUAGCUCAGAGAAAAAGGUGAGCACAAUUACCGUCUAUGAAGGGCAGGGGAGCCACUUGACUAUAUCAACAGGGAAGUGAGGGUGCAGGAAAAGUUGAGCACCCUCCCUGCUACUUCUCCGUUUUCAAUUGCCCCCUCUAGGAAUCAUUUCUCUCUUCCAAAAGGACUAUUGGGGCACACUUACACACACUUUACUGCAAUGAACUUUCAUUUUUGGCUAGGUGCUACAGCCUUAGACAGACCUUUAUCAGCUAACUCUCACAAUCUGACUCUUCUUAAGAGGAUAUUUACAGCUAUAAUACAUGAAGAAAAUCUGUUCAGAGGUCAAAGGCACUAAUACAGCAAGAGCCAAAAGUAAGGGGAAAGGUGGGCAUUUUCUGUCACUUCCCCCCCAACUGAAUGUCAUUGAAAACACCACUAGAGGGUGUUCUAACACAAGCAAUAGCAAAUUCUUACAGCAAAACCUCAAAUUCCUUUGUUGCAGCAUGAGCUGUCCUGAGCCUGACCAUACUUCAUUGACUAAAUCACAUUCGUUCAUGCACAAGGCAUAAAUUUCCAUAAUACUCAGACGUAUGCUCCUGGUACCUACCUCCAGUGGCUAUUCUACUUUGCAUUCUAUUAACAUACUUAUUAUUAUUUGUUACAUUUCUAUCCCAUUGUUUCCUUCACCAUAGAACUCAAAAGAGUGAGAUUCCUGGGUGGCCUCCCAUCCAAGGUCUGGUCAGACUCAGACCUGCUUAGCAAAUCUUCUGAAGAAGUUACCUUUAGACCAUGCUCCAGGAAUUACUUUGCUACGGUCCCCUGUAAUGAAUUAGCACAGGAUAAACCAGCCUUUGGCAUCCUUGUGCCCUGCAGAUGUUUUGGAGUGCAGCUCUCAUUAUUGUCCUGCUUUUCAUACAGAUGGUCCCAGGUUGAAUCCUGGACAUCACUAGACAGGACUGGGAAGGAUUCCUGCCUGAAAUUCUGGAGAGCUGCCUCCAAUCAGCAGUGACAAUAUUGUGAGCUAGGUGGACCAAUGGUCUGAUACGGCCACAGCAACUUCCUACAUUCCUAGACAUUGUUUGAAAUGUUGAGUAUAUCAGGGAUGGAGGACCUGAAGCCCUAGAAUGGCAUACCACUCAACCGUCCCAAUAAAAGCAGGACAUGCUGCUUUUUUUUGCACAAGAACAUGGUGGCCAUUUUGGGCACCAUUAUCUGUCCCCCCUAAAAGAACUUUUUCACAGCUGCGAUCUUGCGUGGCACUCCAAAAUGCACAUAUGAGAGCAUGCCACCCCCAAAAUCGCCUUUUUUCAGGGCCGCAAUCUUGCACGGGUUACAUGACUCACAGGAAAGUAUGGCCCCAGAAGACAGUGUCCUGGAUUUUUGCCUUGACGUGUUGGAGGUUGUGUGAUGGUCAUUGGAGUUCAAUGACAUCUGGAGGGCCAGGAGGUUCUUCAUUUCUGCAGCACGUCUUCCUUUGCCCUCUCUGUCCUUGAGCUCUAGCCUAUCGAGGCCAGCCUCCUUUCAUCUCUGUACUCUCUCUUGCAGGGCCUAUGCAGCGCACAUCAAGCGUCCCUUUUCUGUCAAGUAUGACCCGUACACAUACAGCAUUGAGCUUCUGGACAACCCGCAGAAGAUUCGCCACUCCCUGGAGAUUGUGCGCGAUGAGCUUCACUCAUUAAUUGACGCACUCAAUGUUAUCAGCUAACACACGCGUUUAUUUUGACCCGUUCCCUCCUUCAUGCCAAUGCCUGUUCCUGCAGCUGCCAAACUGGCUUCCUGCAGUGACUACCCGCCACUGCAUCAUUUGGGCCGCCACGGUUUCUUUGUGUUGCUAUCCAUUGCCAGAGUAACGACAAUGGUUUGUGUUUGCUGCCCAUAUGUUGGACGAGAGAGGCAUACUUAUUAUUUAAUGGCAAGCUAGAUUGAAGAAAAAUAAAAGGAAAUGGAAUGUAUCAAUAUAUUGUAUCAAACUAAUCAGACUCGAAGCAGGCCCACUGGGGGGAAAAUGAAUAACUUCAGCCCAAUGAUUUCAGAGUGGGCCUAUUCUGAGGAUGACUUAGAUGGAUGCAAGCCAAACAGGACUUACUUCCUGAUAAAAUUGCUUAGCGUGGCCUUUUAAUUUUGCUAGAGAAGAAUAAAAAUAUAAUAAGAAGGAAGCAAAAACAAUAAGAGGAGAGGUAUUGCUUUAACGGAAUACCUACUCAAAUAGAAUUAUUGGGUCACUGGAGAAGGUUUCACUGAAACAUGUCUGGCAAUUUACUAGUUGCUAAAGUUCCCUACAUUUCUUAGUACAAAUCUGAGGCCUCUUCCCCCUGGCCCGCUUACACUUCUGCUACAUACCCAGUGACUUCAGAGAAAAACAUUCCUUUAUAGACUCGCCAUUAUGCCAAGAAGCCUUCUAACCACAUUUUUAAAGUGAAUUCAGAGUCCAGACAGGUAGAAACCUCAGUAUGCUGACCCAAAAUCCAAUUCUGAUGGUAGGAUGAGCUCUUAAAAUUUCAAUACGAUGACUCAAAACAAGAUCCAGAGCGCGACCACUAUCUGAUUGGAACAACCUUCUCACUGAUCCUAAUCCCUCAGUCUGGGAAAAAUUCCUUCAGGAUGAAACAAACCUUUGACUGGCUGCAAUGCUCUGUACUCCAAAUAGAGGCAAAUCCUCUGGAACUCAGCGUAGCCUAUUGCCAUGCAAGUGUGUGGAGAACUGAAGCAUUGCCUUCUUAGUCCAAAAUGGAAUCCCACACCUAGCAGCAAAUGCUACCAUCUCCUAGGGAUAACUGUAUCGGUCCUGGUCAAGGUAGCAGGAAACAGGUAAUGGAGAAGGACCCUCCAUUUUGAAUGCGCCGAUCUAUUUCUGUGGAGCACUCCUUAGCAAGGUGAUAGAUAUGUCUCCCAUCUCUGGUCAUGGGAAAUUGAUAGGUGUAUCAAAUAGCCUCCUUCCUUCUCUAGGCUUGGUAGGGAAAUGCUCUGUCUUUGUCAGGAUAGAAAGGAGUAUCCUUCGUGGAAAAGCACCAUGAAAUUAUUGCCAAAGUGGAAGAACAUCUGGAGAGCAUCAGCUACAAUGGAAACAUAGGUAGAUGAUAACGCAAGGACACAAUACUCAAAUGUAUUGCUACUAGCUCUCCAGCCGGUGUAAGGUCUAAUAGUUGCCAUACAUUGUUCCUACAUUCAGGCACAAUGCUGAAGAUGUUUGAAUCAAAACAGCCUGGAGAGAUGGAGAGAGAAUCAGGUCACUGGGUCAAACGCUUCAUGUUUGAGAAUGAGACUCAAGAGAAGAAACACACGAAACCUCCCUUUUCUGUCUGGCUUUGGUUUGCUCAUGGUAUUUGUGUGCACUAAAGCCUCAAGGAAUGGAUCUCACUGCUAUUGCUCCUGCUGUGUGGGUGGAUCUGUCUGUCUUGCUGCAUAAUGAAGAUAUUUAUUUCUCAGUUUUGAGUCAUGCUGCUGCUGAGAGGCUAGGUUUAUUCAUAAUAAAGUUAUAUUUCUGGUCUAGC